GUUGGACUUUUUUUUUUCCUUUGAGUACAAUACUCAUAAUAAUUUUUAUCAUAAUAAAUCAUUACAAUAUUUACAUAAUUUAAGCAUUUGUUUGCCUUUAGAUGUAUAUAAGUUAAUUUUGUAAAGAUUUUUUUUUAACUAAUUAAAUAAUGAUACUUUUGAAUGUUUUUGGUACUAUAAAUGUCUUGUUGUAUAAACCAUAUAAAUAUCUUUUCAAAUAUAUGUUUUAUCCUUUUUAGAAAGGCAUGUAUAGGAAUUUUUAAUAAAAUAAAAAUUUAGCCACUUUUGUUUCUAAAAAGCCAAAACUUUAUAACAUUUUUAUUGUAAAGGAAUCACCUACCGAUAUGUCAUUGUCCCGAAAAAAAACUUUUAUCUGGAAACAUUUUUUUUUAAAGAUGUUGCCUGGUCAUGUGAUAUGUGUUCUAGACAUGUAGAGGUCUAGAUGGUCUGUGUUCAAACCCUGCCCGAUUCGAUCAUGUUGUCCUGCGGAAGACCUUCAAAUCUUAAGGAAUAUCUUAAAUGUAUAACUUUUUACAAUACUGGUAAUUGAUAUUUGGAUAUAAUGGACUUUACCAUUGACUAAUAACUAAUGAAGAGUGAUGGGUUUCUAAAUAAUUUUUUUUCCCCUUUUUCAAAGAAGCAAAGCUCAUCACGUUUCAAUUCCUCUAUAAGAGAAGCUUUGCAAGUUUUUUUCUUUUUUUUUUUUUUUAGUGAUAGUGAUCCUUGAAAAUUAAAAAAACAACAAAAGUGUUGAUACUGAAGUACCUUUAAAAAUUUAUUCUUUUGUUAGAGUUACUGUUCUUUACUUAGGAUUUAUACCAGACUUUUCAAAACUGGAAAUAGUAAUUAUUAACUUAAUGCCAACAAUAUUAGUCUUUUUAAUUAUAAACCUCUCAAUAAAUAUCACAUAUAUAUGUAAAUAUAUUUAUAUAUUUAAAUAUGUAGUGCUUAUAUGUAAACUAUUACUAGGCAAUGUUUAAGUUAAGAUGUGCAGAUUUCAAGCAAGGAGAGGUACAUCUGACAUGAUAUUUGUCUUGCCUCAAAUGCAGGAAAAAUACAGGUAGCUAAUUUGUAUGCCGACUUUACCGAUCUCACCAAAGCUUUUGAUACAGUGAGUCGGGAUGGCUUGUGGUGGAUUCUAUCUCAGCUCGGAAGCCCUCCAAGAUUCAUUGCUAUUCUGAAGCUACUGUAUACUGGUCGAAAUGGUUAAAUCGGAUAUAAUGGGGACCUGUUAGCUUGUUUCUCUGUAGAGAAUGGUGUGACGCAAGAUUAUGAAGCUUUAGACAGUAAAGGAAUCCAUCCUAGACCUAAAUCAGGCAACUCUACUUCAAUGCCCUGCUGGAGUAAAACAUGGCCAGUUAUCCGGCCAGAGCUGGAAAUGAGCUCCUGUGCAAACUUAGCACUCUUAAAGCUAUUGAUCACAAAGAUCCAUUCUAAAUAUAUAAACUAUGUUAUUCAGAUAUCCCUUAGCGGAAAUGCAAAAAGUCAGCUUUCUCUCCAAUGUUCACUGGACAUGACAGAGAAUCUGGUAUUGAACUCACUGAAUCCAAAUCUAGUUGCAGCCAAAGUGAGCGAAAGUGUGAAACAUCUUAUCAAUCAAGAAUCAGUUAAGACUAAGGAAGUGAUUACAGUUAACACAAGUCUGGACCUGGACACAUUCUCAAAGCUCUUACCUUUCUUGCGAUGUUACUUUGUGAAUGAAGAAAACAAACUAAAUGUGGAGGACCAAGCAUCCAUGAAAUCCAAUCAAUACCAGUCUGAAACUACACCCAAAUCCACAGAAUCUACCAAACAACACCAGCAGAUGUCAACCAGCGCAAAUAAUGCCAACACCUCAAAAACUACUAGACUUAUCAAGACUACAAAUCCAAUUUAUUCAACUAAUGCUGAUGCCUCAAACACAACCAGACUUAACCAGACCACUGACCCAACCUAUUCAACUAAUGCUGAUGCCUCAAACACAACCAGACUUAACGAGACCACUGACCCAACCUAUUCAACUAAUGCUGAUGGCUCAAUGGAAAUAAAAAUCCUAAUGGUCAUUUCAAUUUGCUCAACUUUCUUGAUUGCUGUUGCAUUGGUUUGUACUGGCAUUUUAAUUUACAGUUGGAAAAGAGUAUUCAAUGUCGGUUCAGGUGAAAUUAUUUUUUGUAUUUAAAGGAUUAUAAGCUACAUUUGUUUUGAUUUUUAAAUCAACUUUCUCAUCCUUUUUAUGUUUCCAAAGUUUGGUACUUUAAUAAUAUAAUACAGACGGUACUUCAAAAAAGAAGAUGAUUACUAUUUGGGCAUAAAUAAACCCACCCCUUUGUAGACACUACUCCCAUCUUUAUAAAACUCUAAACCAGGCCCUCUUAGUCUUUAAAUGCCCCUAAUUAAUUCACAAAUCCUGUUACCACAUUAACCCAGCAUAACCAGCUGAAAAAAACAACAAAUUAUGCUAUUCUUCCUUGGUACAGACCGCAAAAGAGCUCAGGGCAAAAAGCUGGCUGGAAAAUACAACAUAUUCAUCAUCCUAUAUCUUCAAAGCUGAUAGAAUCCUCCUAGCAUUGUUUAAGUUAGCUAAAUCAUUCACAAAUUUUUGUAUAUCAAUACCUUCUGAUUCAUAAGUCAGCCAUUCAUGUACAUUUUUAACAGCACCAAUAUUGAAAAGCUGCCUUUUGUGCUUAUUGUCAUGCUAAUGUCUCAGAAACUAGAAAUGCUAUUGAAAAACUUAUUUCACCAUGGCCUUAAAUGUGCUUAAAAAAAGAUGUGACAGCUGCUUUUAGUCUGUUCCCUUUCUUUAAAUAUUAAACAUGCAUCUAGGUGAAAUGUCUAAACUAGCAUAAUGUUCUGUUUCAAGUUUCUAUAAAGCAAAAACACUAUAUAUUUAGGCCAAAUUCAAAACUCCUGAUUGGAGACGCUAU